GCGAGGGCCACGCGCCCAGCCCCGCGCCCUCCUUCGGCCACCAUCUCCGCCUCGGAUCCCGGCCCGGCACGAUGCGGUCUUCCUUGGCUCCGGGUGUCUGGUUCCUGCGCACCUUCUCCAGGGACAGCUGGUUCCGAGGCUUCAUCCUGGUGCUGACCUUCUUCAUCUACACCUGUUAUCACAUGUCCAGGAAGCCCAUCAGUGUUGUCAAGAGCCGUCUGCACCAGAACUGCUCGGAGCUGAUCAAGCCCAUCAACGACAGCCACAGUCUCAAUGACACGACGUGGUGUAACUGGGCUCCAUUCGAUAAGAACAACUACAAGGAGUUACUGGGGGCCGUGGACAAUGCCUUCCUUGUGGCCUACGCCAUCGGCAUGUUCAUCAGCGGAAUUUUUGGGGAGCGGCUCCCCCUCCGUUACUACCUUUCAGCUGGAAUGUUGCUCAGCGGCCUUUUUACCUCGCUCUUUGGCCUUGGAUAUUUCUGGAACAUCCAUGUGCUCUGGUACUUUGUGCUUAUCCAGAUCUGUAACGGACUUGUCCAGACCACCGGCUGGCCCUCUGUGGUGACCUGCGUUGGCAACUGGUUCGGGAAGGGAAAGCGGGGGCUCAUCAUGGGCAUCUGGAACUCACACACAUCCGUGGGCAACAUCCUGGGCUCCCUGAUCGCUGGCGUCUGGGUGAAUGAGCACUGGGGCCUGUCCUUUGUGGUGCCAGGCAUCAUCACCGCUGCCAUGGGCAUCCUCACCUUCCUCUUUCUCAUUGAAUACCCAGAAGAUGUGGACUGUGCGGCUCCCCAGCACCACACUAGUAAUGGGCUGGAAGAGAACCCGGACAGCCCUGAGGACCUGGGGAAUGGUCCCUGCACCAACAAGGAGAGCAGCCUGGAGAGCGCGGCCAGGUGCUCCAAGGAGCCAAGGGCGCAGCCUGCGGCCAUCAGCUUCCUGGGGGCGCUCCGCAUCCCGGGUGUGGUGGAGUUCUCCUUGUGUCUGCUUUUUGCCAAGCUGGUCAGCUACACCUUCCUCUACUGGCUGCCUCUCUACAUCUUCAACGUGGCUCACUUUAGCGCCAAACAGGCUGGGGACCUGUCGACCCUCUUCGAUGUUGGUGGCAUCAUGGGCGGCAUCAUGGCGGGGCUCAUCUCCGACCACACCAACGGCAGGGCCACCACCUGCUGUGUCAUGCUGAUCUUGGCUGCCCCCAUGAUGUUCCUGUAUAACAACAUUGGUCAGAACGGGAUUACCAACUCUAUAGUAAUGCUGAUCAUUUGUGGGGCCCUGGUCAAUGGUCCUUACGCACUCAUCACCACCGCCGUUUCUGCUGACCUGGGAACUCACGAGAGCCUGAAGGGCAAUGCAAAGGCACUCUCCACCGUCACAGCCAUCAUCGACGGCACUGGGUCCAUAGGUGCGGCUCUGGGGCCUCUGCUGGCUGGACUGAUUUCCCCCACAGGCUGGAACAACGUCUUCUAUAUGCUCAUCUCUGCCGACGUUCUGGCCUGCUUGCUCCUCUGCCGGUUGGUGUACAAAGAAAUCCUUGCCUGGAAGUCAUCUUUGAGCAGAGACAGAGGGUAUAAAGAGAUAUGAAGCCCUGAUUCGCAGAGAAGCACGGAGGGCCCCAGCUGAUUCCCAAAGUGCUCUCCCCCGACCCCCUCAUGGGGGCAAGACAAUGGAACCCACCACAGACGGGCUGACAGGGCCUCUGAGGGGCUGGGAGGUUCUCCUCGGGAAGGGGCCUGCCAGCAGGAGGACUCACAGCCCUGAGCUCCAGAAGCUGCAAAGCAGAAGGGUUGGGGAUCAGAGCUGAGUGGUGUCUCCAGCUUGGUAAGGGAAGAAUAUGCUCAGACUCUUGCUUGUUCAGAUUCCGAGGCAGGGGCUGGACAUGGGCCAAGGCCUGGCAAAGGUGUGUCUCUCCUUCCCGUGUGGAAAGCGAGCCUCGGUGCUCAGCCUAUACCUGUCCGUGGAUUUCUGACCCUAUUUGAGAGCCACCAAGCCUCUCUUCCUUCCUUUGUCCAUAAGCCAGCUUUCUCGUGUAUUUCCCAUGUCAGAACCUCUUCUACCCUGCAUUUGAUCCCGACUCCUGACCCGAGUCGAUUAAAGUGUUAUUACUGUAUUCUGUGGGACCAGGACCAGGGAGAGGCAAAGGAGGUGCCACUCUUGAGCCCAGGGCUGGGCUUCCCCCGCCCCAGUCUCGUCCCAGCCCUCCACGUCCCCAGGGGAGGAGCACAUGUCAGAACAGCGCAGGGAGGGGGCAGGCCGGACUAAAGCCACAGGGGCCAGUGGCCACCGAGUGCUCACCGCACAUGAGCCCUGCUCUGGGAACAGAGUAGAUGGUGGGCACGAAGACGGACUUCCGCCCGAGCACAGGCCCCAGGGUGACGAGACUAGGAAGAAGGAAGCUGCCUGGCUCAUUCAGCCACUGUCCCAAGGGCAGUGGCCUGAGCUCUCUGCGGCCUGCCUCCCCUUCCCCCGUGUUCCUGCCUUACUUCUCCUGCCCACCCCACCCCAGAGUGCUGCCUGCCAGGCUAGCCCUUGGCAUUGCUCCCUGACCUCCGAAGCCACCCAUCAGCACAAUACAGAUCCUUUUUGCCAGCCGGGCCUGUACUCAUCCUUGUCAGGGCCUGGCACGGCCGCGCGGGCUGUCACGUUCCCAGGCUGGGGCUGGCCACAAGCGGGCCUCCCUAAGGACAUGCUCGUGACCACACGGUGGGGGGCGGGGGCCUGUGGGGCUCAGCAGGAGCUAGAGCCCCACACAAGGUGCAGCUGUGGCAU